UUAUUUUCUCUGUUUUCUUUUCUGGAAAAAAAUUUUAACUCUCAAGAAAGUACUGGAACAUACCAAAAUCACAUAUAAGGAAGGAGGAGGAGAAAUUAGUGUAUUCGUGAAGCGGAAAACUUCAAAUAAUUGUUGAUUAAAGAGAUUGUCAAGUUUUGGAACUGUAUAAUUGUGAGAUAUAUGGCUGUGCUUGAUCGAACUUCAAAUAUGAUGUUACCUAUGGAUUAUACAAGGAAGAAGAAAUCAAGGAGUAGAAAAGAUGCACCAAAGAAUGUAGCGGAGACACUUGCGAAGUGGAAAGAGGUGAAUGAGAAAUUAGACGCGUGUGAUGAUGAUGGAAGGAAGCCAGUGCGUAAAGUUCCUGCUAAAGGAUCAAAGAAGGGAUGUAUGAAGGGUAAAGGAGGACCGGAUAACGGGCGGUGCAAGUAUAGAGGUGUCAGGCAAAGGACAUGGGGUAAAUGGGUUGCUGAGAUAAGGGAGCCACAUAGAGGGAGAAGGCUUUGGUUGGGUACGUUUGAUACGGCAAUUGAGGCUGCUCUUGCUUAUGAUGAAGCUGCAAGGGCGAUGUAUGGUCCUUGUGCAAGGCUGAAUCUCCCGGACUAUUACGCCUCGUCGAAAGAGUCUUCCAAGGAUGAUUCUUCGUUGCCUACUGUAUCUCGUUCCGACUCAAAUACAGCAUCAAGUUUCUCUGAGGUGUGCCCUGCUGGUGACAUGAUGAGAGGAAGAGCCAAUGUUCCUGCGGCAAGACAUGAAGAUAGAUCAAUAGAAAUUGACGGUGCUAGGACUGGUUCUAAUGAAAUUGGAACGCCUUUGAGCUCAUUGAGAGAGGAAGCGGAAGACGAGACCAAGGAGGUGUCAGAUAAAAGUGAGACUUUUACACCUCUGAGCUCGUUGAGAGAGCAAGCGGAAGAUGAGGCUAAGCAGGUGUUAGAUAAAAGUGAGACCUUUGAAAUUAAAGAUGAGCCUGCGGCUUGUAGUUAUGAUUCAUGGGAUAUCGGACAAGAGGACCUAGGUAACUUUUGUUUGGAUGAUGAGAUGUUUGAUGUAAAUGAGCUGUUAGGCAUGAUGGACUCGACUCCAGUAGAUGCCUCAGCUCCAAGUCAGGAUGUUGGUUUUGUUCCUCCUAAGCAAGAGCAGUAUGCCUAUGAUCCUUCAUAUCAAUUGCAUUCUGCUGCCUACGAUGCCAAUCAGUUGUCAAAUCCAGCAUACCAGUUGGACAAUGCCGAUGACCAGUUCUCAAAUCCAUUAUAUCAGUUGGAUAAUGCAGGUGUUGAUACAUUGGAAGGUCUGCAGCAAAUGGAGCAACAAUCACCUAUCGAGGUUGAUUAUGAUUUUGAUUUUCUGAGACCAGGCCGGCAAGAGGACUUCCACUUCUGCUUGGAUGAGUUGGAUGUCUUGGAUUUCUAAUGGAAUUGGGGAAUUUGGCAUGGUGAAUUUGGUAGACUUGGUGCAUUGGCAACAUGGCUUGGUAUAUGAUCUUGUUUGCUAUAUUGCAUACUGUAUGCAAUGACCAGAAACUUCUCAAAUUGUUAGUUCAAGCUGUUCCAGAAACUUCUCAAAUUGUUAGUUCAAGAGGUCUUUUCUCAGAUUUCGACGAGAAGGAAAAUACAUAGGAUACAUUAAAACAUGUUCUUUGAUUAUUUUGCUCUUUUGGUUUUGAGGAACCACGGUUCCUUUUGCUUUUGUACUAAUUACAGCUGAUUCUUGAUAAGUUUUUUGGAUGAGAGAACUUAGCUGUUACAGUUGAAUCAAAACAAACAUAAUUCUGUACAUUUCUUGAGAUGAGUUAGCUAACAGUUGCAAGGUUUUGGUUUGGUUUUCUGAAGUUGACAAUACAAUUUCAUUUUAUUUGCUUGUAGUUUGUCAUUUACUGAAAUGAAAUUCGUAGUUAUGCCUGUUUGGUUUUU